GGGCGGGCCUGGCGGUGCUGCGGGAGCGGCCGGACCCGGUGCUCAGCGCUGUGCCGGCUUUUAGGAAUGAAUUAUUCCAUUAUUCCCCGUGAGGGCGGAGAUGGAGGCGCGGGGCGGGUGAGGGGAAGGGGAAAGGAGGGAGCGCGCGCGGGACCUGCCAUGCGCGGCGGGUGACGUCACGGUGACGUAACGGGCCCUGCCAUUAUAAAUCCGCGCCGCCGCGCCCGGCCCCUUUCGCUCCGCGGCGGCCUAAGGUGCUGAGUUCUUCGUUGGAAGCUAAGGCCGAACCACCGGCGACCAGCACCGCGCCCCGCCAUGGCCUCCGUCUCCGAGCUCGCCUGCAUCUACUCCGCCCUCAUCCUGCACGACGACGAGGUCACCGUGACGGAGGACAAGAUCAACGCGCUCAUCAAGGCAGCCGGAGUGAACGUGGAGCCUUUCUGGCCGGGGCUGUUCGCCAAGGCGCUGGCGAACAUUGACAUCGGGAGCCUGAUCUGUAACGUAGGAGCGGGCGGAGGAGGGGCUCCGGCUGCCGCCGCUCCCGCGGGUGGUGCCGCGCCCGCCGGCGGAGCCGCCCCCGCUGAAGAGAAGAAAGAAGAGGAAAAGAAGGAAGAAUCAGAGGAAUCUGAUGAUGACAUGGGCUUUGGUCUUUUUGACUAAUCAGUUUUGUACCAGCCUGUAAUAAAGAACAUCUACUUGUA